AUGGUUUCGCACACUCUUAUUGUCUAUGUUGAUGAUAUUCUGAUAGCGAGCAAUAGUGAGGAAGCCGUAGCUUCAGUUAAAGCAUGUUUAGCGAAGCAAUUUAAGACCAAAGAUUUAGGGCCAGCUAAAUUCUUCUUAGGCUUAGAAAUUGCCAGGAAUGCUGAUGGGAUCUCUGUUUGUCAACGGAAAUAUUGUUUAGAUCUAUUGGCUGAUGCUGGUCUGUUAGGUUGCAAACCGAACUCUGUCCCUAUGGAUCCUAAGAUUAAUCUUACCAAAGAAACAGGGGUUUUACUGCCUAAUGAUAGACCUUACAGAGAGUUGAUUGGUCGACUGUUGUAUCUCUGCAUCACGAGACCAGAUAUCACCUUUGUAGUACAUAAGUUGAGCCAAUUUCUCUCAUGUCCUACGGAUGUUCACUUCCAAGCUGCUCGCAAUGUCCUCAAAUAUUUGAAGAACAAUCCUGGUCAAGGACUUUUUUACUCUGCAUCCUCUGAGAUUUGCUUAAACGGAUUUGCUGAUGCAGAUUGGGGCACUUGCAAAGACUCGAGACGAUCUGUUACUGGUAUGUGCAUCUUUCUUGGAACUUCACUAAUAUCUUGGAAGUCUAAUAAACAGGAUGUGGUCAGUUCAAGUAGCACAGAGGCAGAGUACCGGAGUUUGGCUCAAACAACAAAGGAGCUUCUCUGGUUUCGGCAAAUUCUGCGUGACUUACGCAUCACACCGGUUGCUCAGACGAAACUAUUCUGUGACAACAAGUCUGAAACUUAUAUCGCCAGCAAUGAUGUCUUCCAUGAGCGAACAAAACAUGUGGAGAUUGAUUGCCAUACUACACGAGAUCAGGUCAAAAGUGGUUUCCUUCGUCUCUUUCACUUGUCAUCCGAGAAUCAACUGGCUGAUAUUCUGACGAAACCUCUUCACCUUGGUCCUUUCUAUCACCUCCUCCAACGAUUAUCGGCUUCAAGCCUCUAUUCCAUUCAGGAAUCUUCAGCUUGA